AUGACAAGAUUUAGUCCAUUGGCUCGUCAAUGUUGUCUUGAUGCGAUGGAUUCAUUAAUGCAUCAUCCUAUAUCACAACAGUUUAUUGAAUUGGGUAAUUGUACUCAGUUAGAGAAGGAAUACGAUUUUAAAAAGCAAUCUCUCGGAUUAAAAUACGCAAGAGACAGAUUAGCAAUGAAUAAAUAUACGACCAUUUCCCAGUGGGAAAAAGACGUUAACACAAUAUUUGUUUUAGUUAAAAAAUUGCAUCCAAAUAAUCAAUUUUACAGAAUUGUCGCUGAAGAGAUGGAAGCUCUUUUCAAAAAAUAUGUUGAAAUUCAUCUUAGAUGCAGAACAUCGAAAUGGACAGCUGCUGUUGUUCAUUACGAUAAAAAAAUUGAAGAGAUACUGAAUUUUCCACCUUCAUUAGUUAUAGCACACGCUCCAUUAGAUAAAACAAAAGAUGCAUAUGCAGAUAAGCCUAUUAGUGAAGAAGAAUUAAAUACAUUUGUUCGUUUCUCCCAAUACUUCAAAAAUGAAGAAGAUACAAAGGCAAUUGCAUCGAUUAUAAAUCUUUAUCAACCAAAUUACCAGAUUCCGAAAGAUAAAGCUGUUAUUGACGUGAGCGAUCUUACAAAUGAAACUUUACAGUCAUUAAGACACUUUUUCAUUGAAAGAUUGGCGCGUAUGAAUAUUCAGUAUCCACAUUAA